AUGUUAUAUUUCCAACAAUCUACCAUCGACGUCGAGGAGAAGCGGAAGUUCCUCGACGAGAUAGCGAAAUCGAGCGCAUUCCAGCCCUACAGCGUCAAUUUCUUGAACAUCCUCAUUGACUCGAGGAGAAUCAGUCUGAUUAAGGAGAUUGUGAAGGAGUUCGAGAUGGCGUACAACAAGUUGACGGAUACGGAGCUUGCGAUUGUGACUUCGGUGGUGAAGCUGGAGUCGGAGCAUCUGACGCAGAUUGCGAAGCAGGUGCAGAAAUUGACCGGGGCAAAGAAUGUGAGGAUAAAGACUGCGAUUGAUCCUUCAUUGGUGGCUGGAUUUACUGUUAGUUAUGGAAAUACUGGGUCGAAGCUUAUGGACAUGAGUGUGAAGAAGCAGUUGGAAGACAUUGCUUCACAGAUUGAUAUGUGA